AUGGAUCCCAACCAGAAGCAUGAAGACGGUGGGAAGACUGAGAAUAUGGCGCCUUUGGGAAGACCGCACACCGUUUUAUUGAUGUCCCCUACUCCCGGCAAUACACACAUACCACACCAGGUUCGCGAACUGAAGCCCAUCGCCGUCGUUGAUAACCAAGGUAACUUGGUUGGACUACAAGUCGUCAACUCAGAUGGAGGACCACAAACCAACGUCAUGGCCAGCAGCCAGAUUUGCGGCGGACCCCUCAUCUACAAAGGCAACAACAGAGACACGAUUUGGCAGAUCAACAGGCUUCGAUGCCCAUACUACGUGCUCAGCUUGAGUUCUUCACGACACUGGAACCUGGCUAUGGCUAUCGGCAUGCGCAGUGCUCCGAUGACCCUCCGCUUCGUUAGCUCACUGAGUAGAAGCGCUAAACCGAUUCGCCAAGUGGGUGGAGAGAAGGGAAAGAGUGACGACAGUGUGGUGAUAUUGAUACCUCGAGGCGUCCCCUCUUUCCCAAGUGGACACCCUCCACUCCUUAUCAAUGGCCUGGGCCCUCGCUUGGUUAUGGAGGGUAUGCUAGUUGGAAGACAUCAUGCCGAGGCGUCAGAGAUGUGUCAAUUUUACUUCGAGGAGAUUCAGUAA